GAGAGAGCGCGAGAGAGGGAAGCGAGCAGGGCUGCCUGGCCGCGGCGGGCGCGUGUGUGGCAAGGAGGAGCCGUCGAGGCCGGGGGAAGGAGGCACAACAGCCUUUCCACCGCUUCUCGUCGUCGCCCGGACGGCCACCCGCGCCAUGGGCGGCUCAGCCUCGAGUCUGCUGGACGAGAGCAAGUGCACCUACAUCCGAGGAAAGACAGAAGCCGUGAUCAAGAACUUCAGCCCGCAUUACAGACGCCAGUAUGCAGUGUCCUUUUGUAAGCACAUCCAGAACGAGCUAGAACAAAACAGAGACCUGCAGUCCCAGUUCUUAAAAACAAAGCCCCCGGCAGAAUCCACUGUGAUCUUUUAUGAAGGAGAAGUGACACAUUUUGCUGAAGACUUGAAGAAAUGGAAGGACAGAUACAUAGUGAUUAAGAACAACUAUGCUGUGGAGAGUUUUGAAAACAAAGAGGCUUUCCAGAAGGGCCUUAGCGCUAAAAGCUGCAUUCUCCCUGUUGGAGGCAAAGUACUGACAACAGAGGAGGAGUAUAACUCUCUAUCUGAUAAACAUUUUCCAGACCCCAAUGAUUUUCUCAAGCAAGCCUCAUUUGAAGCACAGGCCUUUUUAGAAGCCGUCCAGUUUUUCCGUCAGGAGAAGGGCCAUUACGGGACUUGGGAGAUGGUAACUGGCAAUGAAAUUCAGAUUCUCAGCAACCUUGUGAUGGAGGAGCUCUUACCUAGCCUCCAGAGCAUGCUGCUUCCUAAAAUGAAAGGCAAGAGGAAUGACAGAAAGAGGGCGUGGUUUGGGAUAGUAGAAGACACCUACCGGUUGGUCCAAGAGGAGGUUUCAGAAGGAUUAGGUGUCCUGAAAGAGGAAUGCAGAGAGGCUACCAAGGGGCUUGAAGGAACUAUUUGUUCAGACGUGGAUCAGAUUGUGAACUCCAAGAAUUUUUUAGCUGGGAAAAUAAAAGAGAGUGUAGCUGACUCUGUCCAGAAAUGCUGUAGUGAGAGCAUCCAGCCCUUUCUAGCUUCCAUACUGGAGGAACUGAUGGGUCCGGUGAGCUCUGGGUUUAGCGAAGUCCGUCUGCUUUUCGAAAAAGAAGUCAAUGAGAUCAGCCAGGACUUCCAAGCAACAAAUGAUAAUGCAAAGCUGAAAGAGAACGUGGAUCUGCUGAUGAGCCUCCCAUACAGCUCUGUGAAAAUGGAGCCUUGCUAUCUGAAGGUGAACCUCCUGCAAGAGCAGCUUCAGGAUCUCAAGAGUCGUUUCAAAUUCUACCAUAUUGACUUGAUUAUUCAGCAGACACAAAACCACAUGCAGGAGCUUAUGGAAAAUGCAGUAUAUACCUUUGACCAGCUGCUCAGCUUAGGCCAUCAGAAAGAUAUGGCCAGAAUGGCAACAGCCAUUGAAAAAGUCAAACUUCGCGUCCUAAAGCAAUAUGACUAUGACAGCAGCACUGUCCGGAAAAAGAUAUUUGAAGAUGCUUUGAUCCAAAUCACUUUGCCUACACUGCAGCGGACAUUGGCCUCAGCUUGCAAACCGGAGCUUCAGAAAUAUGAACAGUUCAUUUUUUCUGAUCAUACCAGUGUGAUACAAGUCGAAAAUGUAUACGAAGAGAUUUUACUUGAAACUCUGCUUGUUGAAACCCUAAAAGUGAUAAAAGAGGCUGCCCACUUGAAGAAACACAACCUCUUUGAGGAAACAAAGCUUCCUUCUGAAAGUGUAUCCAGCCUGAGUGACCUCAAAACCCCUUCAGGAUCAGCUCAAGCCAGCCCAGCUAGGAAACCAGUCGCCCACUUGACAGAGGUAUCACAUGCUGACAUUCAAAGUAAUGACAUGUUUGUGCCAGAAGUCACUCAGGAGGGUUACCAGGAGGCGGCAAAGACACUGGACAGUGAAGAAGGAAUUUCUGCUAAUGUUUCUAGUCUUCCUGCAGAAGGGAGGGAAGAAGGGAUGACCUCUGAUCUCAGUGGCAAGCAGGAAUCCCCCUCUGUGAUUCUUACGGUUGCAGAGGAAACAGUAACUCCACAGCUUCCCGAUGUUCAAGAAACAAAUUUCAGUGGAAGUCCAAGAACAGAAAAUGAGGUACUAAUGGAAGAGGAAAAGGUACCAGUUCCUGAUAGCUUGAAUGAAAUAAGAAACUUGCUGACCCUGACAGUAGAAUUGCCAGCGGAUGAUCCACUUGAGAACAAAGGAAGUGCACGUGAAUGUGAAAUUCCAAAAGCACAGGAAUCUGUAGACGAAAGGGACAAGGAGGACAAAAUGAUUGCAGAUGAGAGUCGAACAGGUGAGGUGCCGGAGUCUCCUAAAGUGCCUUUUCUACCCAGUGUAGAAGCAGGUAGUAUAGCUGUAACAAGCCUCUCUCUUUCACCCACUGUUGAAUCAGAUUAUAUAAAUGCAAUAAGCACCACUGGAGAAGGAAGCCACAGAACUGAAGCAGAUUCUCCAGAUGUGUCUGAGGAACUGGAUGUUUGUCAGGCCUCAAAGGCCAAUUUGGAGACAACGACAAGCAUCUGGUAUGCUGAUGUGGACAGUGGCAGUGCUAAUGACCAGUCUCAAGCAAAGCAACAUGCGGAAGGUGGACAGUCUGACCAGAGUGGACUAGAUCUUCCCCCUACUCACCUUAUCCCGGUCGAUGAGAAGCCACAAGUGGAACAACAUGUUGAAAGAGAACAAUCUGAGCAGGUGGAGGGGGGAUUUUGUACCCUUCGUUGUGCUUCAGUGGAUGACAGUCCACAGGUAGGGCCCCAUAUUGGAAAUGAAGAAUCUGGACAGUCCUUUCUUCAUUCUGUCCCACCCGAAGCAGAUUCUCAGAUUUCCCCUAGCUGUUCCAUUGAAACACAAGAGUCUACUAUUUUGAAUAUUGCAAAUUUGAGAGUAGAGUCAGCUGAUCUGCCAAUUUCUCCAGAAAUAAAAGAGAAUGAGGAUAACAUUGUGGAGAUCUCAGUGAACACACAGUCCCAAAGCUUCACCUUGUCUGAGGGGGGUGAUUCUAUGCCUGCAAGUUUGUCUUUGCAGAAUGCCGAUGUUGCAGAUUUGACAGAAGGAGAAAUGGGCGCACAGGAAAGUGCUGGAGGCAAUUGUCCUGAAUCACAGUGA